CGGAAGUAGGAAGUUCUCGCUUCUCACGCUUCGGAGGGGACGAGAAGGCGCCAGUUCUUAAGCAGCUCUUCCAGAACUGUGAAUGUACCAGAGAGUGAAAUUAGCACUGGAUCCACAGCCCUUGAACUUGGACGACAUUGGCUGUUGUUGGAAACAGCCUCCUAGAACGUGGGCGUAUUCUGCAAACGGUUCCUUGCAUCAUCCUGGCCCCGGCAGAGGCACGGUUCCCCAGGGCUAACAGAACAGCAUGUCCCAAGCCACAAAACGCAAGCAUGUGGUGAAAGAAGUCCUUGAAGAGUAUGUGGUGCCUUCAGAGAGGCAGCAGAUCGUCCGGGUGGUGGGGACCCCUGGCAACAAUCUCCAUGAGGUGGAGACAUCUGAAGGGACGCGGUUCCUUGUGAGCAUGCCCACGAAAUUCCGCAAGAAUAUCUGGAUCAAGAGAGGUGACUUCCUAUUGGUAGAUCCCAUAGAAGAAGGGGAGAAAGUGAAAGCCGAGAUUAGUUUUGUACUCUACAAGGAUCAUGUUCGCUACCUGAAAAAGGAAGGAUACUGGCCUGAGGCCUUCUUGGGUGGUGUGGCAGGAGCUCAGAGCAGUGCUAAAGACAGCAGGGAUGGGCCACAGAGCCCACCACGUUCUGCGGGGGAGGAAGACUCUGAGGACGAUGAUGCAGACUUGUUUGUGAAUACAAACAGGGUGAACUACAACUACUUGGAGAGUGAAGACAGCAGUGACUCGGACGAGGAGGAGAAGUGACAGGUCAAGCCAGUCUGGCGGCUUCCAUACUUUCCUCAGAGAAAAGGGGCAUCACCUCAAAGCCCAUCCUCUUGUCUAAUAGGGUUAGCUGUUUGUCCCCUUUUUCUGGAGGGGGGGGGCGCGUGUACUUGCAGGAGCAUAUUGGAGCUGCUGUAUUGCAGGCAACAACGACAACAACAAAAUUGGCUCAGCCUGUUAGCAGCAGCCAUAGCUCAUUCCUUGAGGAACUUUGACCUUGUCUUGACCAGAUGCCUCUUCUGUAUUCCAGGCCUCUUUCCCUUUCUCCCUUUGCCUUAUACAAUGUGUAUGUCCCAAACCCAGACCCUGCCUGGCAUGCCAGGUAGCAGUUUUGCAAUAGGUCACAAGCUUCAAGAUACAUUGAUCAUUUUGAAGCGGCACUCCUUUCCUCUAAAAGUGGGCUGGCCUACAUUAAGAGAUGGUCAGCACACAACGGGAGCAUCCAAGAGCAAGUCGUAUUUAAUAGGCAAGUGCUGAAGUAGAUGGCAUUGGGGCUGGUCUCAGCUCUUUCUAUCAAAAUUCUCAGCACCAAAGCCAUUCCUGGGUAUCGCUUGAGGCUCAAAUCACCUUGCCUUCUAUUUCUCCUCCUUCACAUUUGCUAGAUUUGGCUCCUGAGAGGCAAGGGGACACCCACAGCGAGUGACUACUUCUCUUUUGUAUUAUAAUAUUCAACAAAUGUUUCAAUAAACUUUAAAGAGAGACUGGGGGUGAGAGCACUCUUGUUUACAAGUGGGGCCUUUGUGUGAGCUUGCUAAAGCAGAGGGGGGAGGAGGGGAAGGUUCAUCUUAAAAACACUGCGCAAAUUGCUUUCUGUGAAGUUUUUAAACCAUGUAAAUACAGGAAAGCAGCUAGGCGGAACUUUAGCUAAGGGGGUUAAAUGCUUUACUGUGUGAGGAAAGGGGAAUUGUAGAGAAGCUGCAUUCUUUCCAACUGCCUUCUAGGUAAAAGAUGCAGGGCAGCGCCCCAUGCCUGAAAGACUCUCUUCGGAAGGGAAGCAGACGUAAAUAGUAGCAGCAAGGUUUCCUGAUGACGCCAAACUGUUUGGGGUGGUUAAAACGAAGAAGGGAUUGCAGAAAGCUCUUUGAACGGUGGCAUGGGUAAUAAAAUGUUAAAGGUGGUGGAAAAUAAAGAAAUGCAAUGCUAAUAAGGUCUGAGCAGGCAGUGACUGAACAGCAAAGAGAUGUGGGGCUUGAGGUGGAUAACUUGACGAACUUGUUAAUCAAACAGUGGCUGUGAAAAGUGUGAACUCUGUGUUGGAGAUCAUUAGGAAAUGAAACAAACUGCCACUAUCAUAAUACAUUCCAUUUAUGACCACAGUUGGGGUGGGGGGUGGGUUAUGUAGCUUUGGAUGAUGGGAACUCGAGUCUACCAACAUUACAGAGGAACACAAGGCCUCCUUAGAGUGCACACCAGCCUUUACGAAUCUGGUGCAAUCAGAUAUUGAUGGGACUAUUAUUCCCGUCAGCCCCACACAGCAUAGCAUGAUGGGAAUUGCAGCCCAAGAGUUGCAGAGCAGCAGGUUGACAAAGGCUGCUCUACACUAAAUGGCGGCAGCAGCUUUUUCUCAGUCCUGCUUGGGAGAGAACCUGAAGGUUUUCUGCAAGCAAAGCAGGCCCCCUUGUUCUCCUGCCCUCUGCUGCCAAGCAGCUUUAGAUGGAACCAAAGUUGCUGAAGAUUGUACCAUUUCAAGUGGAGGCUUACUGGACAUUCCCUGACUAAGCCAAUUUUCUAUAUGCAGGGAAUGCACAAGGAGCCAUCAGUCCCAUGAGCCUCUUAGCUGCAAUCUGAAGUGAUAGAGGGGAAGAUUAUAUGUAUGUAGCCCAUUGUGUACUCCCCAUU